UGAGCAGUCCUGGUACCAAAAUCUAAGUGUCUCACUUAGACUCAGGGGUCUCUGAGUCCAGUGGUAGCUAUGGGCAGAACUGUUUCUCUAUGGCUGGUGCUGCCCCUGAUGUGCUGCCUGCCUUCAGGGAGACCUUGUUUGCAGUGUGACAACAGGAUCCAUCGACUGCACAAAGACUUCCUAUUGUCUGUGUCGGCCAGUGUUGAGGAGCAGAUAGAGUUAAAAAAUAUCAUGGACAAUGGUUAUGCCUCCUACAAGGAGACCAGUGAGAAACUAAGGGGAGUCAUAGACCCCACCACCCUCUACAGAGCCAGCACAGAGUUUCAGAGUGAAUUUAAUUAUUUCCAGAACUCUGAGCACAAAGAUACUCUGAGGUUUGAGACCAUCCAGAUUAUGGAGAAAGGCAGGAAAAUUCUGGAGAAACACCUGAAGAUGUUUGUACGGGAUGGCCUCUGCCCUAACAAGUGUGGGUUGUUGUAUCAGAGAUUGAUGGAUUGCACCUCUUGCCAAUACAAGCUUCAAACCUGCCCUUCUCCCACAUUCCAGAAAGACUGUGGGGUGUUCCUUGUGCAGGCUGAGCAGGGGGGCCAGGCAGUUCUGGACUGUUUCCUGCCCUGGCAUAGUCUGACAGUGGGGAGGGCAGAGUACCACUACUCCUGGAACCCCCAGAUAUCAGCUGAUGACAAUAUGGCAGAAGGAGACCUCCAGACUCUAGUGGUGACGGAGGACUCUUCUGUGGUUCUGAAUCAACUGCACCUCAGUGAGCGGGGGUUGUACCGCUGCCUCUUGCUGGACAAGAAUGGAACUGUCCUCUCUAAAACACGCUUCCUGCUUUCAGUCACCCCUUCCAUGAACUCUACUCAGAGACUGCCUAUUACAUUGCCAUCCCUCCCCUUUCGCAAAUGCUCCCCCCUUUCUCCACCCCCAACCUACUUGCUCCUAUCAGUCAUCUCCUUGGUUACCACCCUAAGCCUCACAGCCAGCCUAAGCCUUGCAGUCAACUUCGGGUGAGAGAAGAGCGAAGUUUGUGUGAGAGAGAGAAAGACAAAGAGAUGGUGUGCUGAUUGUGUCAUACUUUUCUAUUAAGACUGAACCUGAAGAGGGAGAGUAGAGGAGAAGAACCAAGAAAAACAAAGAGUCGAGAGUCCGAUGAGAGUGUGUAAUGGUAGGAAGAAAUACAAAUAAAGGAAAAAACAAAACAGCCAUUAGAUACUACAAGGAAAGAGGAGGAGGAGAGGUGAG